AUGAACCAGAUCAAGCAGGUCCAGCGCCUCAACGAGCGCGAACUCGAAAAGGUCGUUCCUUCCAACGCAUCAUGGCACACCGACUACCGCGACACGGCCUACAUCUACGUCGGCGGCCUCAACCUCGACCUGUCUGAAGGAGACAUCAUCACAAUCUUCUCUCAAUAUGGCGAACCCGUCUGGAUCCGCCUCAUGCGCGACAAGGAGACUGGCAAGAGCAGGGGUUUCUGUUGGCUAAAGUACGAGGACCAGCGGAGUUGCGAUCUGGCCGUCGACAAUCUCGGCGGCGCGACUGUCAUGGGCAAAAUGCUCGCUGUUGACCACACAAGAUACAAGAAACGAGAUGAUGAGGAUGAAGACGAGGGAUACGUCGGUCAGGACAAGCAGAUUGCUGGUGCGGAUGCUGAAGAGUCAGAACCCGAAGAGGAACGCAGACCUUUGAUCAAGGAAGAGAUUGAGCUGGCAAAACUCAUGCGCGACAUGGAGGAAGACGACCCCAUGAAAGCAUACAUGAUCGAGCAAAAGAAGGAGGAGGUCGAGAAGGCAUUGGCAAAAUCGUCCUCUUCAUCAACCAAAAAACACGACGACUCACGCCGCGACAAGAGACACCACCGCUCAAGACGCGACCACGACGACGAUCGAGACAGAAGACACAGAAGAGCAUCAUCACGCGAUGAUAUCGACGACAAGCGUGAUCGAAGAGACGGCCAUCGUUCGCGCAGACAUCGCGAUCGCUCAGAUUCUCCUAGAAGAGAUAGACAUCAUUCGACCAGAGAUCACGACGACUCCCUACCCAGGCGCGAAAGAGACAGCAGACUAAGAGACUACUCGAGAUCACGAACUCCUCCUGUCAAAGAACGCGACUACGGGCGUAGAGAACGCAGGCGCUCCUCUACUCCACGCCGCAGAAACGAUUCACGAAGCAUAUCUCCUAGACCUAGGCGCUAA